CGCUAAACCGCACUCUUCCGGGUCGUAGAAGAGCGUCGCGCCGGCUCCUCCGCGCGCUAGUCGCAGCCGUGGAGCGAUGGUGCUCGGAGCGUCCGGGGACGUUGGUGUUUCGGGAAUCUCGGAGGAGCGCGUGAAAUGCCGGGGACCAUGAGCAAAGGGGACGCCCCGGGUCGCAGCGCCUCGUUGACGUUCACCAUCGACAGCAUCCUCAACCUGCGGCAGCAGCGGGACGCCGGAGACUCGGACGGCGCAAAGACGCAGAGGGACGGCGGGUGCAAGGAUGAGUUUAAAGCGCAGUGCGAGGAGGCGUGGGACGUCCGGAGGAGAGAGGACAGCGGCUCAGAGGGGACAGUGAAGCCCAGAGUCCAUCCUGCGGACCGCGGGGGACACACACCGUCGCUGACCACCGCCGCCUCCUGUCCCGGGGCGCACAGAGCGCACGGUGCCGAGGACGCGUCCGAGCAGCAGCAGCAGCAGCAGAGCCCCACGGACACCAAAGCCGCAGUGAAGAAGAAGACGCGCACCAUCUUUUCCAAGAGACAGAUCUUCCAGCUGGAGGCCACGUUCGACAUGAAGCGGUACCUGAGCAGCUCGGAGAGAGCGUGCCUCGCCAGCUCGCUGCAGCUCACCGAGACCCAGGUGAAGAUCUGGUUCCAGAACCGCCGCAACAAGCUGAAGCGGCAGCUGUCCACGGACAUGGACGGACCGCUGGCCGCCGAGCACCUCUCGGAGGCGGGGAAAAACGUGCAAUUACCGACUUUUUACAAAGACAGCAGCCUGCUGAGCGGAUGUUUGAUGCCCAUGCCUUUCCCCGUCCUUUACCCGACUGCGAACGCGGCGCCUUACAUCUACUUCUCCAACACUGGCAAGUAUUUCGGGCUGUUUGACGCGGACUGAUGGUUUCCUCUGGAUGUCUGGACUUUAUAUGAGCCGGUCACUUUUCUUAUUUUAUUUUUUUUUGAGUUCAUAUAAUUCCUGAAACUUUGAUGUAAACAUAUCAACUAAUCCAAGACAUGCAUGUGCCACUUUUUGUCCUCCCCCAAAUGUUUAUUAUUAUUAUUAUUAUCAUAUAUUUUUUUAAGGUUUUUGAUAUGUUGAAGUUGUGCAUGCAUUAAAGUUCCUCUGAGCAGUUUUACUCGGCGCAGUAAUGUCAUCAGACUGAAUGUACGUUAAGAGUAAAGCUGCAGCAACUUUGGUUAAAAUUUUGUCAUCGUUUCCAUCGCUCGUGUUGAAAUGUUGAAGUUUCUGUGGAGCAAUACUUGGUUUUGUAUUUAUAUGGCCUUAUAUUAUUGUUGUUGUUGUUAAACACUUUUCUGGUUUGUUUUCACUUGAUCUUUCAUAUGACAGACUGUUGAACUGUGAAUACAGUUACUAUAUCAUGACGAUGAUGAAUUUUGCAAUAAAAAAAGUAAUGUUUGAA